GAAACACUUUCACAGUGUGGACACUGAAAGACACACAUUCACAGUGUGGACACUGAAAGACACACAUUCACAGUGUGGACACUGAGAGACCCAACCACUUGAAUUUCGGAUCGGGGAAAUGAGACCUAAGAAGUGAAACCAGAGAAGAAACCCGUAGAUGCAGAAUAUUUUUUAAAGGAAAAUGGACAUCUCCCCCUCCAAAAAACAGUCUGCUCCAAAAAAGAGAGUUAAAAUUCACCCCAACACAGUUACUGUGAAGUACAGCUCCCACUACCCCCAGCCUGGAGAUGGGGCGUAUGAUGACUCACCCUCUUCAGAAGACCAUGAGCUUUUUGUAGAUGAAACCCCAGGCAAGAAAUUGCUGAGUGGUGGCAAAGGACAAGCAAGAACUUUCUUUGGCACAAUGGAUGCGCGCUCCAAGCCCCCAGAGGAACAGAAAGACAAUGGAGUCAGUCAUCAGCUGCAGAGCUUUGCUAAUUCCUCAAUAUUCACCUCCAAGAUGACUUGGGCUGCCCUUUUUGGAGCUGCUAUGGCCCACGGAUGCGUUGCGCUGAUCACUAGACUAGCAGCAGACCGCUCCAAAGUUCCAUCCUUGGAACUGCUCUUCAUUCGCUCUGUGAUCCAAGUGCUGUCCAUCAUUGUAGUCUAUUACUACCAGGAGCCUCCUUUUGGCCCUAGGGGAUACAGGCUACGUCUCUUUUUCUAUGGAGUGUGCAAUGUCAUAUCUAUCACUUGCGCCUACACGUCCUUCGCGAUCGUGCCUCCUAGCAAUGGGACUAUAAUGUGGAGGGCGACCACCACUGUUUUCAGUGCCGUCCUAGCUUUCCUCCUCAUCGAUGAAAGACUGGCUUACACAGACAUUGUGACGGUGGUGAGCAGUGUCUUUGGGCUUUGUUUGGUCAUGAUCCCCAACAUUGUGGACGAAGACAACUCCUUGCUUGGGUUUUGGAAGGAAGCCUUUGGGUACAGCAUGACCGUGAUGGCAGGGUUAACCGCUGCCCUGUCCAUGAUCAUUUACAGAGCCAUCAAGGAGAAGGUUAGCAUGUGGACUGCCCUUUUCACCUUUGGCUGGACUGGUACAGUCUGGGGCGCAUCCACUAUGUUCAUUCUUCAAGAACCAAUCAUACCCUUGGAUGGCGAAACCUGGGGCUAUCUCAUUGGCAUCUGCAUAUGCUCCACUGUAGCAUUCCUAGGAGUUUAUUAUGCUUUAAAUAAGUUUCACCCAGCACUGGUCAGCACAGUCCAGCAUUUGGAAAUCGUGGUGGCUAUGAUCCUCCAGCUUUUAGUGUUACGUAUGAUCCCUUCUGUUUACGAUGUAAUUGGUGGUUCUAUAAUUAUUUUCAGUGUCUUUCUUCUUGCAGGUUAUAAGCUUUAUUGGGUGGGGCGGGGAAGGAGGCAAGAUUAUGAAGAGAUCCUAGACUCCCCUAUUAAGUGAGAGCAACCGUAUGGUGUACAGUGUUCCCUAAUGUGCAAUUUAACAGUCUUAUGAAUGUCUGAAUCAAGAUAUAGUUAUUUUGUAUUGUGCCAUUGAAAGUGCCAACUGUGUAAUGUCUUUGAUAACUCUCAUAUGUGAAAUAAAAUGGUCAGCAAAUUUCUCCUUGAUUUCCUUUGGAUGUGAUGCUAUUAUGCUAUCCUAAUAUCUAGAUAAAAUCUGAAUAUUAUUAACUGGGUUAAAAGGUCAAUGGAUAUUUUUUUCCAUGCUAUCUAUGCUGAAAUAACAUAUAGGACAUGUAUUUCUAAUACUGUACAGCUACCAAUCCACAUGUAUAGUAUAAAGUCUGCCAGAUUUUGAGUGGCAUUUCUCAAAUGUAUUUUAAUUAUUUAUUCAUUUAAACAGGAGAUUCACCCAUUGAGACCAAUGCCUCAUUUACAAGGGGAUCCUGGAAAACAAUAAAAAACUAGAGUUGCCAGCAACUUCACAGCUUCCAGGACCAGUACCAGUAACAGUACCAGUAUCAAACACUUUAGCAAAUAGUGCAGAAUGCCAGUAACAGCACCAGUACCAAUACAAAACAAUUACAGAGUGCAAACAACAGAAUAAAAACAUGUGUGAUUCAAACGUACUCACUGGCAUACAGAAAUCAAAGAAUAGAAUAAAUAAGACUAUGUGGCAGAGCAGAGCUCUGUCCUUUAUAGAUUGGCAGGGAUGGGGUUAAAUUCCCCUACCUGCCCGGGUUUAUUGUGUUCAGGUGGCUGGGAUUGAUUGGAGUAAUUAACGAUCAAUCAGGAGGCUGCAGCGUCCCAUUAGG